AUGUCGUGGCGUUCGUCUUUCCGAUGCUCAAAGUUUCGUCAGGUUUUCGGAAAAGCGGCGACAAAAGAGCACAGCUAUGACGGGGUCCCAAUCACAUGCAGUGUCCGUGACAACCACCACUGCUCAGCCAAUCCCUGCUUCAUCGCAGUGGUUACAGAGUGUGCUGUGGGCGGGUCCUUUUUAGUCCUGCCCAUACAUCAUACUGGGAGGGUGGAUCCUCAGCAUCCCAGGGUGUGCGGUCACAGUGGGCGUGUCCUGGACAUUAAGUGGAACCCGUUUGACGAUCACUGUAUUGCCUCGUGCUCGGAGGACUGUACCGUAAAAAUCUGGGACAUCCCCAUCUGUGGCGUCCAACAGAACUUAACCAGGGCCAGAAAGACUCUGAUUGGUCAUUCCAGGAGGGUGGGGCUUAUUGAGUGGCAUCCAACAGCUGAAAACCUGCUGCUUAGCUCCGCCUACGACUACAAGGUCUUCCUUUGGGACCUGUCUCAGGGCGGAGCAGUGGUCAGGUGCCCGGUGCGGGUGGUCCUGAUGCCAAUCUACCACCGCUACCCACCUGAGACACUGCUGCUGUCUGUCAGCUUCAACAGCGAUGGAAGCAGGUUGGCGGUCUCAUCCAAAGACAGGCGGGUUAGAGUCCUGGACCCACGCACUGGAAAGAUUUUACAGGUGUCCAGCAAUAAGACCCACAGGGCCAGUAAGGUCUUAUACAUUGGAGAGUUGCUUCUGUCCACCGGUAGCUCACCAUGGAACCACAGGCAGAUCGUCAUCUGGGAUCCUGGCGACCUAUCGGAGCCUCUGUACGAAGAAGAUUUGGACGGUUCCGCGGGAGUGCUCUUCCCGUUCUACGACCCAGACACACACAUGCUCUACUUGGCUGGAAAGGGCGAUGGCAACAUCCGCUACUAUGAGCUGAGUGCCGAAAAACCUUACAUUAGCUUCUUGACAGAGUACAGAUCCGUUCUGCCACAGAAAGGACUUGGAGUGAUGCCAAAACGCGGCCUGGACGUGAGCGCCUGUGAGGUUUUCCGAUUUUAUCGUCUGAUUGCAGUCAAAGACCUGGUAGAGCCGCUGUCAGUGAUCGUACCAAGGAAAGAGUCUGGGAUUUUCCAGGAGGAUCUUUAUCCGAUGACAGCUGGAAACCAGGCAGCCAUGACGGCUCAGGAGUGGCUGUCAGGGAUUAACAGGGGCCCGGUGCUGAUGUCCUUGAAUCCAGGGAGUCAAGUAGCCAAUCCUUACCCAGAAACCCCUGCUGAGAAGGGGCUGGUGAGGCAGCUAAGCAACCUCAGGUUCCAGAGGAGCCCAGGUGUCAGUACGCGCCUGGACUUUAUAGAAGAGGCGUUCCUUGAGGAGCAGCUAUCUUACCAGGACGCUAAAUACCCCCGAGACGUGAGCGAUCUUUUGGGGUGGCAGCCAGACGAGACCCAGAUCCCGCUGUGGAUGUACUGCUGCACGCCACACUGCUGUGAACCUGCAGAGAGACCUCCACCUACGUCUGAAAGCGAGCUCCUUCAAGCGUUUUACAGGCAACAAGACGAAAUCAAAGGCCUGAGGGAACAACUGAACCAGAAAGAAGUGAGAAUCUCUCAACUGGAGGUGGAGACGAAAAACACCAGAAACAACCCGAGAGCCACUUUCUGACGCCACCAGAACCAGAUCUCACACAGUUAUGUGUCAAUGAACCAAAUUACUACA